AAAACGUUCAGUGGCAGUACGGUUUGAAGCUCCCCCAAGUUCACAUCUUUCGCUGUCUUCCAUGGCGAGCCGGGAAUAGAGCAACUACUUUAAAUUCAAUUUAAUCUUUCUACUGAUCGUGAUUGAACCUAUUAACGGAACUGCGCCUUCUCAUUUAGCGACUUGCAAUGGAAAUGGUGGAAACUAAUGCAGUGAACGUGGAAGUGAACGCUACGACGGAAAAGACGCCUCAGAAAAGAGGCGCCGACAUCAACUAUGGAAUCGACGAUGCUCCACCGUGGUAUCUUAGUAUCUUUAUGGCUUUGCAGCAUUACCUCACGAUGAUCGGCGCUAUUGUAUCGAUACCAUUCAUACUUACACCUGCCCUAUGCAUGGAAGAUGAAGAUCCUUCGCGGGGAAUAAUUAUUUCCACUAUGAUUUUUGUGACCGGGUUGGUGACGUAUAUUCAAGCUACCUGGGGGUGCCGACUUCCUAUCGUUCAGGGAGGCACCAUUUCUUUCCUAGUGCCCACUUUGGCUAUCCUGAACUUACCGCAGUGGCAAUGCCCCGCAAAAGACGUAAUCGCUGCCAUGGAUCCGGAGGAAAAAAGUGAACUCUGGCAAAUCAGGAUGCGAGAACUUUCCGGAGCUAUCGCAGUCUCAGCACUGUUCCAAGUUAUCAUAGGAUACACUGGACUUGUAGGGAAACUUUUGAAAAUCAUCACCCCGUUGACCAUUGUUCCUACUGUAUCUUUGGUCGGCUUGACCUUAUUCUCACACGCAAGUGAAACUGCUUCAAAGCACUGGGGCAUAGCAGCAGGAACAAUUCUCCUAAUGACCCUAUUUUCCCAGGCCAUGACCAACGUUCAAAUACCAACUCUCAAAUACCGUAAAUCACAUGGUGUAGAAAUUGGCUGGUUUCCACUAUUCAAGCUGUUUCCAGUACUGCUGACAAUCAUCAUCAUGUGGUCAUUGUGUGCAGUGCUCACUGCAACCAACAUCUUCCCAGAGGGCCAUCCAGCACGCACAGAUGUUCGACUUCGAGUUCUCCAAGAUGCAGCAUGGUUCCGUAUUCCAUAUCCAGGCCAGUUCGGAGCACCAACGGUCACGUUGGCAGGUGUAUUGGGUAUGCUUGCAGGGGUGUUGGCCUGCACGGUAGAAUCCAUCAGCUACUAUCCAACUGUAUCGCAGAUGUGCGGCGCUCCACCACCUCCACUUCAUGCCAUAAAUCGGGGCAUCGGGAUGGAGGGUCUAGGAACAAUAUUGGCAGGUUUGUGGGGAUCCGGUAAUGGAACCAACACAUUUGGUGAAAACGUUGGGGCCAUUGGUGUCACAAAAGUAGGCAGUAGGCGCGUCAUCCAAUGGGCUGCUAUGAUCAUGAUUCUUCAAGGUGUUCUGAACAAAUUUGGAGCCGCAUUCAUCAUGAUUCCAGAUCCAGUUGUUGGAGGAAUAUUCUGUGUUAUGUUCGGAAUGAUUGCAGCAUUCGGUCUAUCUGCCUUACAAUACGUUGAUCUACGCUCGGCGCGAAACCUAUACAUACUGGGAUUGUCGAUCUUUUUCCCUUUAGUAUUAUGCUUAUGGCUUAAAGACCAUCCAGAUUUUAUUCAGACCGGAAAUCAAACGUUAGACUCAACGCUAUCAGUACUGCUCGGAACGAGUAUCCUCGUGGGCGGUUGCUUAGGAUGCAUUCUUGAUAAUCUUAUACCUGGUACCCAAGAGGAGCGGGGCUUAAAAGCGUGGGGCAAUGAGAUGGCGCUCAAUGUCGAAGACAUAGUCAACGAUGGAACGCAGUCUACAUUCGAUUUCCCUUAUGGAAUGAAAUUGUUAAAAAGCUGGAAAUGGACUAGGCAUGUGCCAUUCUUACCGACUUACAAGAUGAAAUUGUAGGUUUAUAAAAAGAAUAAUCUACCUAAUACAUAUAAUAGGGUAUAAUACUUAUCAUGAAUCUUAUGUAUUGAGCUUUAUAAGAAUCAGUCAAAUAUAGCGGCAAUUAGUUUAUAACGAACAAACCAAAACAUGUAUAUACUAAUAAACGUAUUCUAGAAUUGAUUUUAUCUCGUUUAUCAGGGUUCCAUAACUUUUCUUUAAAAUAUCCAUAUUUCAUAUCGAUUGCUAAAUCCAACGAGGUUCGCGUGACUAACAUAACAUCUAGGUUACUAAGACCUGACAGCCAAAAUACCGGUACUACAAGUGUCAAACAGAUGUUGGUGAUGAAACCAAACAUGCACUACAACAUGAUCCAUAAAUUAUGACCAAUUGAAGCUUGUUGAAGGGGGGUCCCGUAGCGUAGUUGGCUACACGUUCGCCUCAUAAGCGGACGGUCAUGGGUUCGAUUCCCAGCCCCUUCACCAAGCCCUUGUCAGUUGCCGGAGUUGCAGCCCAAACGGUUGCGUUUUGGGGUGCGCGUCCUACCGACACGGCUGCCCAAUGACGACUGACAAAUUGUUCUUCUCGGAGGCAUUCCUCCAACGUAACCGGAUAAACGGCAACCGAACAAUGCAUCGAGCAAUUGGAUUCACGAUAUGGACAAAUGGACACAAUGGACUCACGAUGAGAUGGACCCGGCAAUGAUAACAAUAACGAAUGUCUAAAAAUAGAUUCUGUGUGGAUUCUGUACAGCAGAAUACCACAGUAGAUCACGGCACAGUAGCGGUUAAGAAACACAGAGUGCCUACCAAAUAAAGAAACGAAUUAAAAAAAAAAAGAAGCUUGUUGAAGCAUAAUUUGGCAAAAUAAUGUAAAUAUGAUUACAGCGCCACUAACUGCAGGAUUUUACAAAGAAAUUAUUUGGAAAAUUACUGAUUUAGAAUGAUAUGAAGAUAAAGGACCCUAUAGGGUCAAACACUUGACAAAUAAAAUGACAGAAAAUAUGUAAGACCCGAGCGUGUACGUACACGCACAUUUCACUCACACUUUUACUCAAUUUAUUUGGAACCACGAGCAGCUGUCGCAGCAUAAUCAAAUGGGAUUAUUUGCAACCACGAACCGUGCGUUCGUCUUGGUGAGAAAUGUCGGCGAGACCCUAAUAGUGCUUAGUAAGCGUCCUAAGCGAGGUGUCGCUUCUUGAAAUCCUUCUAAAUUGAGAAAUAAUAAACCAAUUUAGGAAUAAUACUCUCUGUGACAACUCUAUGUGUGUGUUUAAUUUGAAAAAAGUAUUGGAGGUAACCACUUUCAUUCGAUGGGACUCGAACCCAUGACCCUCAGAGUACGCUAGACUGAUGGCGCUUUUACCCAAUUAAGCUACAAAGGACCUCCGUCGGCCUUCGCAGCUUAACGACUAUACUGAAUGAUCCAACAGCUGAUUUAAACGGGAAUGUAUGCAGUGUUUAUUUCGAUCGUUUUAGCUUAUAGCUAGUUUUACAUGUUAAGGGCCGAUGCCCACGUAGCGUUUUUUCAACGCAACGUGCACGCAGCGGUGAAAUAACGCAGGUGGUCGUCACCGCUUUUUCCCGACACGAUGUGCGGGCACAGUUGAAAAGACGCUACGUGGGCAUCGAGCCUAAGUGCUCGGCUGCAUAGCCCUUUGGAGAUUUGAAUUCUAGAUGAUAUUUUAUAGUAAUAUGAUGUUUGUUUAAAUUAAAUUUGGCAUGUUACCUUUGAGUAGGCCAUGAUUGAUUUGUAAAUUUGAUAACCUAACUACUAUGUACACUAAUUUUUACAAUAAUAAUUUGAUAUUACGGAGAAAAAGAAAAAUUUGGAAGGCUACGCGGAAAUAACGCGCAGGGGGCAUUCUCCGCAUAGAACAAAUCAUACAUAUUGUGCGUUGAGGGGAGUCCCGUAGCGUAGUUAUCUACACGUUUGCCUUACAAGCGAAUGGUUCGAAUGGGUUCGAUUCCCAGCCCCUCCACCAAACCUUCGUCAGUCGCCGGAUGCGCAGCCUAUACGGUGUCGUAUUGGAAAGUGCCAUUACAGUUACGACUGCCUGAUGACGACUGACAAAUUGUUCUUCUCGGAGGCAUUCCUCCGCAACGUACCCGGAUAAAUGGAAACCGAACAAUGCGCAACGAUCAUUGGAUUCACGACGCGGACAGAUGGACACAAUAGACUCACGAAGAGAUGGACCAGCAACGAUAACAACAAUGAAUAAUGGAAAGUCUAAAAAUAGAUUCUGUGUGGAUUCUGGCAGCAGAAUACCACAGUAGAUCUCGGCACAGUAUCGGUUAAGUAACACAGAGUGCCUACCAAAUAAAGAAAGGAAUAAAAAAAAUAGUGUGCGUUGAAUUGAAUUCAAUCAAUUGUCGUUAAGUCCUGUGUACAUAAACAUGUAAUAAAUCCUUAUUCCAACACCAAAGACUAAAUAUUUAGUAUU